UGCCGUGGUUAGGAGACGACGCUGAACAUCCCGUAGCUGAACUGUCUUUCGCUUGGAAACAGUCGCACGUUUCACGCAUCCAGCUGCAGGCCUGUUCGACCUGUAUAGCAAGAAAUGUUCUGAAAGGCGCAAAAUUUGCUUUUUUAAUAGGCCAACCCUUCAUUUUUCUAUUCAGAAGUCAUUUACGCAAGAAACAAACGAAUCAGUACACCAUCAAAUAAGGACACGAAAUCCUUGAAGAAGUUUUUUUUGAAUAUGGACGAUUACCUGGCUAGCAUCGGCCUAUAUCGGAAAAUGAUGGCUCGGGAUGCGUCCUGUCUAUUCCGAGCUGUUUCCGAGCAGCUUUACUACUCGCAGAACUACCACCAGAAGAUCAGAAAGGACUGCGUCAGUUUUAUGCGGGCUAAUAGAUGCAACUUUGAGCCCUUUGUUGAGGGAUCCUUUGAGAAGUACCUGGAGCGCUUGGAGGACCCCACGGAGACAGCCGGACAAGUGGAGAUAAAAGCUCUGUCUUUAUUAUACAGGCGGGUCUUUGUUAUUUACAGGUACCCUGGAAAGCCUCCCACGGAGAUCGCGGAUGAGGAGUACCCUGAGAAGAUUUUGCUGUGCUGCUCCAGUAACGGGCACUAUGAUACUGUGUACCCCAGGUGCUACCCGGUGGACGCAGCCUUCUGCCAGGCGCUGCUCUACCAGCUGCUGUACUGCAAGGUCCUGGGUGUCGACGACUGUGAGGUCCAAGCAGCCCUGGAUACCUUUCGCAGUGCGGGACGCCGUUACCGUAACAGCCUGUCUCUGUGCAGCGAGGACGCAGGUUACGACACGCCAGAUGACCGCUGUCAGAGGGAGGACUGGGAGCUGAAUGGUCUCUGUCAUUCGGAGGACAAAGUGAGACUGUCGGCUGAGGAGUCAAAGGUUCUAGAGGGUGCUGCUAAGCUCUCUCUGCCUUACAAAGCUCUCAAGGCUCUGGACCCAGAGAUGUACCGCAAUGUGGAGUUUGAUGUCUGGCACGACUGUCGGAAAGAAAUGCAGAAGACUGACUACAUGGUGUUUGCUGGCAGACAGUACUUCCUGGGCGACAAAUGCCAGGUGCGUUUGGACCCCAAGGGGAAGUUCUACAACGCCUUCAUCCAGGAGGUGGGCACGCAUGCCAGUGCCGUCACAGUCUUCAUCGAGGAGCUCGGGGAGAAGCACCUGGUGUCCCUGACCAACCUCAAGCCUGUGAACCCCGUCCCGGCCUGGAACGUGUGUGCCGGCCGCAAGGGGCCCUUCGCCAGGUCCGAGCAGUACCCGGGGGAGCUCGACUCAGAUAUGAGAGGGAAGCGCCGCUUCUUCAAGAAGCCCAAAGGGAAGGAGAUGCUGCUGGCUGUGUCCUACAGCCGCUCCCAGCCUGGCCUCCCUCCUCGCCUGCAGCCCAGCCCCACUGGGGUUCCAUCUGGCCGUGCCCCCCCCAUGCACACUCACCCCCCACCACCUGGCCUGCCCUACGAGCAGUACAGAGCCCACCCAGGCCCGAGGGCCCCCCGUGGAUAUGGGCCUCCAAGCUCCGCCCGCUUUCUGAACCGGCACCAUCUGGUGGCCCCCGAGGUGGCGUACUACACAAACCCUGGCAAACGCUGCUACCAGACCUGUGACAGCUACUCCUACCGGUCACGCUCCUGUGGCAGAAGUCGGCGCCAGGCGGCCAGUAAGGAGUGCCAGUUCAGCUUCGUCCCUGAGAGCGGGGAAGAGCCCGCGGAUGUGGAGGGCACCAUCACCUUCUACGAGAUCGAGGAAGGAGACGAGGCCGCCUUCCCUCCCCUGCCUGGACAGGCGGUUCCUAGCUCCAUUGUGCCGGCUUCCACCACCUUCUGGGUGCAGAGGGGACACAGCCCCAUCCCAGCAGCUGGCAAGCAGACCAUGACCUCGUCUGAGGAGGACCCUGAUGAGAGGAGCAAUGGCGGCGAGCAGGGUGAAUAUCCGGAGGAUUACAUGUACACAGCCACAGACCCUGGUUACCAGAAUCCCUCUGUGUUCGCUGCCGCCGAGUCGACCGCCAACUUGACUAUUCAGGAAGGAGGAUCUCGUGCUGGAUCUCCACAAGAGGGCGUCGCCACCUACAGUUACUCCCAACAGGUGGUUGUGAAGUCGGCUGUCAUCUCCUCCUCCCCCACAGUCAACACUGCCCCUGCAGCCAUCUUCACCUCCAACUCCUCCUCAUCCUUGGGCAGCUCUCAGACCCCACCGGGCUCACUGGCACCCUCUUCGGGUCUAACCCAAAGCACCAUGCUGCCACCUCAGUCCAUGGGCAGGCCGGUCUUCUCUGUGCCAUACCCCCCCACGCCGCCUUGGUUUGUUAAUGAGAUGGGGGAAGCCGUCGGAGUGCCCCCCCCGCCGCCGUAUUCCUGUGACCCCAAUGGCAGUGACCUACCCCAAGACUGCAAGGUCCUCCAGUAUUACUUUAACUUGGGAGUUCAAUGGUACCAGCAGAGUUACUGGCACUCUAUGGUGCAGAUGCAGCAGGUGUACCAGCCACCCAGCGCUGACGCACCACCCUUCCAGCCCUACAGCAGUGUGCCUCAGGCGUACCCCGAAGCGGGCCAUGCAGUCCCCGACCCCCAGGGGGAGCUCUCCGCCUAUGGUGCCCCCUUGCCCCUGGACCCUCCCCCGGCCGCCCCAGGCACUGUGUUCUACCCCAUGGUACAGGAGCACUGCGGCCAGCCCUCCCCGCAUUCCUACGAGUCCUAUGUUCCUGUGCUCCCCACAAGCUUCCACUAUAUCACGCCCUGGACCCCUGGCCCCACCCAGCCCCCUCUGCACGCCUCCUUUUGCGCCUCCCCCUCCCAUCCCAUCAGCUACAUCGCUACACCUGCCCACCCGGGCCCAUUCAUCCCGCCCAGCAUGUAACGGCUCGCUUGUUAGAGUACAGCACACCCCUCACAGCAUCAGUGACAAGCUGCCUGGCUGCUGCCCCACGUGGUUAAACUUCACUUUUGUUUCUGGGUCUGUCUGUAAUCCCAGGUUUGGCUGUUCACACCCCGGUUCCUGCACACCUUUCAGGGGAGAUAUUUAUGUUCCUGAGUGUUUUUGUACGUUAUUUUUAGGUUUGCAUUAAUAAACUUGUUUUCCCAA